UAAAAUGUUUUUUGUUUCAUUUCAUUUACAUUGGGAAAUAGAGAAACGAUCAUUGUGUUUUGUUAGUUUUAAAAACUUUUGAUAUAUUUGUAUUUUGCAUUAUAAGCAGUCAACCGAUUGACAAACUAGAAUUAUUUGAAUUCCGUGUGGAAAGAGCUCGGGUUAAUUUCGAGUGUUAUCUGCAAUCUAUAUGUUUAUAAAUCAUUUCAGUCGUUGAUAUAAUAAUUAAAGGUCGACUGAACAUGAAUUAUAUUAUACAAUUUAAAGCGCAUUUCUGUUUAUGCACGUGAACCCGUCUAACGUUAUUGUUAUUUCGCAGUUAUAUAAAGUAGCAAAUUAUCGUUCCUGAAUAGUUGGCGCCGUGGUAGCCGAUCCUGUUCCUCAACUUCCGGUUUCUGCACUGUGCAACUAUUUCAGUUACAAUUUUAAUUAACGAUGCCAAGUACUUGUUGUUGUGUACCUGGAUGUCAUUUAAGAGGAGGACAUGCAUUUCCAAAUGACUUAAACAAAAGGAAAAGUUGGAUCAACGCCAUGGCCCAUACGCAGAUUGGACGAGAACACGAUGAGUCCAUCUCAAUCAGCUGUUGUUUGCAAGGCACAUUUUACUGAAAAAGACUACGUGCAGGAAACUAUUCAUGGGCGCAAACCCACCAUACAGAGACUUAAGUCUACUGCCAUUCCCAGCCUAUUUUCCUGGACCAAGCAAGAGACUGAAUCGUCCGCAAAAAGAAAAAUCAGGGCAGUUUCCUGUGAAAACAAAAGAACUAAACUUGAUGAAUAUUGUAGUAGAAAUCUAGAGGAAAGUUUUGAUUGUAAAGUUGGUUUUCCUGAAGAAGUCAUUCAUACUGCAGAAAGGAUUUAUGACUGUCCACCACCAACUGCCGAGCUAAUGUUGAGCUUCACAGAUAGAAUUACGCAAACACCAUCAAUGCCUAUGUUUUCAGCAGAGAAUUUUGAAAUGAAGACACGUGACACAGCCAUGCAUUUUUAUACCGGUUUAGAGUUGUAUACUAAAUUUUUAUUUGUUUUGACCAAACUUGGUCCAGCAGCACAUUGUUUGAGAUACAUAUAUUUCAAAUUGAUAGACAUAAUAAACAUGUGCACAUAGAGCGAAUUAUUGGACUUGGCAAAACAUACAAAAUUCUAAUAAAUCCUAUGAAUGGAACUGAAACAAAACAUUCAUCUGAAAUAAUAUUUAGUUGUUUUAUGAUGUGUAAUUUUAGAACUUGUAUUGUGCCAAAGGAUGCAUAAAUAAAAGUGACGCAAUGAA